UUGAGAGUAAACGUGCGGAGACGCUUGGAAGAAUAGAAGGAAAUGGUGAAAAUUCUUUUGGUGGUUUUUCUAUUUAUUCUAACUGGUGCAGCUUAUGAGUCUUCUAUUAAACACACUCAUAGGCCAGCACUGGCAGAUGGUCUGUCGUGGACAUUUUACAAUGAAAGCUGUCCCAACGUGGAGGCCAUUGUUAAGGCAACACUUGCGUCUUUUCUGGAUAAAAAUGUCACUCAAGCUCCCGGUGUGUUAAGACUCCUUUUUCAUGACUGCUUCGUCCAGGGGUGCGAUGCAUCCAUUUUGUUAAAUGGAACAGGCAGUGAGCUGGAAGAUUCUCCAAAUUUGACAAUAAGAAAGGAGGCGGUGAAGAUAAUUGAAGUAAUAAAGUAUGCAGUUGAAGCUGAUUGCCCUAGAACUGUGUCCUGUGCGGACAUCUUAGCAUUAGCAGGCUCCUACGCAGUAUACAUGGCGGGAGGACCGGAGAUUCCAGUACCACUUGGCAGGAGAGACAGCCUCACAAACGCUAAUUCGAGUGUAGUAGUGGACAGUCUUCCCAGAACAGAAUCAAAUUUGUCUGCAUUAAUGGCUCUCUUCGCUGAAAAAGGUUUCACUGAUAUUGCCGAGCUUGUAGUACUUUCAGGUGGUCAUACAUUUGGUAUCUCUCAUUGCGUGUCCUUCGCCUACAGACUUUACCCAACACAGGAUUCCACUCUGAAUGAGAGUUUUGCAGAGGAACUUUACCUCACAUGCCCGUCUUCUACCACUGUCAACACCACUAAUCUGGACAUUCGCACUCCAAAUUUGUUCGACAACAAGUACUACGUGAAUCUAGAGAAUGGUGAAGUAUUGUUUGCAUCUGACGAGAGCCUCUCCACUGAUUCCCGCAGUAGUGAAAUAGUUGCAAGCUUUGCAACAAAUGAGACUCUCUUCUUCGAAAGAUUUGUGGCUGCCAUGGUAAAGAUGGUUCAGCUUGAUGUGCUGACAGGAAGCGAAGGGGAGGUCCGCAAGUUUUGUUCAGUUUCUUCUUCCUCUUCCUCUACAUAUUCCACCAUCGAUGCGGGAGACCGAUUCUCUUCCUCCUAUUGAUAUGUUUGAAUGGCUAUAGUUACUUGUGGUACUAAAGGCUUACGAUUUGGUAUAAUGUGAUCGUGCCAGUGCUUCCUCAUUCCUCUCAUCUGCCAAGAAUCGGGCACGAUCUCUAAUUUUUUUUGUUAUCGCAAAAGAAAAUAAACUCCUUUUCAGUGUAGUUUAGAUUGAUUUAGUAAUAUUUCAAAAUAAAUUUCAAAUUAUCAAAAGAGUCGUUAUCCAAAGAUUAUCAAGAUGAUAACACAAUGGAAAAUGAAGGAUCAAAUUCCCGUUUCAAAGGAGUCCUUUCCUUCUGUUCACCAGGUUCAGAAAAAAGACAUUAGGAUUUGGGGACCCUUGUCGUGAGAUAAAACAGUAAAACUACCCUGACUUUGGGUGGGUUUUCACUCUGUCCUUGGGCUGUGUUAUUGUAAGGUUUUGUUCUUCCUUGGUUUUUGA